AUGUCUUUCAAUUUCUCCAAGGCAAAUCUCCCUAAGCAGCUCUUCAUCAACAACGAGUAUGUUGACAGUAAAAGCAGCAAGAAAUUCUCUAUCUACAACCCCAAAAAUGGGGACCUAGUUGCCGAUGAUGUUCCUUUGGCUGGAGAGGAAGACGUUGAUAUCGCUGUGGCCGCGGCCGAGAAGGCUCUCCCGGCAUGGAAAGCGAUGAAAGCGGUCGAGAGGCGUGCUAUCAUGCUCAAAUUUGCCGAUCUACUGGACAAACAUAAUUCGGAACUGGCCGAGCUGUCCCGCAUCACAAUGGGCGCCCCUUACGGUGCCUGGGGAAAGUUUGAGGUUGGCAUGUCUUCGCAACAGUUCCGAUAUUAUGAGGGUUGGAUUGACAAGUUCCCGGGCGAGUCCUUUCCCCAAGAGGAUGGAUAUAUCAAAAUCGUCCGGAAUGAGCCUCUGGGUGUUACCGCGGGCAUUACGCCAUGGAACGGACCUGCGGGAAACUUUGGCAUGAAGGCUGCACCAGCGCUGGCUACUGGGAACUGCUUCAUCCUAAAGCCAUCCGAAAAGGCGCCAUUCUCAUCUAUGGCGAUAGGAGCACUGGUUCGGGAGGCCGGCUUUCCGCCUGGGGUGCUGCAGGUUCUCUCUGGGGAUGGGUCGACCGGGGCUCUCCUGGCCUCACACAUGAGAAUUGCUAAGAUUAGUUUUACUGGGUCCAUCGGGACUGGAAAGAAAGUUCAGGAGCUUGCAGCCAAAAGUAACCUCAAGAGAGUAACGCUCGAGCUGGGAGGAAAGUCUCCUGCUGUGGUAUUUGAUGACGCCAACCUCGAGAAUGCUGUGGAAUGGUGUGCCAACAUGAUCACCGCCAACACGGGUCAGGUGUGCAUUGCCGCUUCUCGUGUGUAUGUGCAGGAAGGUAUAUAUGAGAGAUUCAUCCAAGCGUAUAAGGACGCUAUCAUCUCUCGAUCCAAAACGAUUGGAGAUCCUGAGAAAGACGGAACUCAGAUUGGCCCUCUCGCAGAUGAGCUACAGUUUGACCGUGUCAUGGGCUUCAUUCAGCGAGCCAAAGACAGCAAGGCAGGUGAGAUGAUCACCGGUGGCAAGCGGAUUGGCGACACCGGAUAUUUUGUCGAGCCAACUGUGUUCACCAACAUCGACAUAAAUUCAGAAAUCCAUCAAGAUGAAGUAUUUGGGCCUGUCUCUGUGGUUCGAACUUUCAAAACUGAAGAGGAGGUCCUCGCCUUGUCCAAUAAUACGAAAUAUGGUCUCAUGGCCGGCGUGUUUACCCAAGAUAUUAACCGUGCCUUGCGGAUCGGGAGUGAGUUCGAAAGUGGCAUGGUUGGCAUCAAUUGUAUUUCAUUGUUCUCCGUAUCAGCACCAUUUGGAGGUUCCAAGGAGAGCGGACUAGGACGUGAAUGCGGCAUUCACGCUUUACGGGCAUAUACGGAGCCAAAAACGCUCAUGAUCAACAUGAAUUAUAAGUAG